AUUGGAAGAUGAGACUAUCCGUUGGCAGCUCCGUUGGGGUAGGAGGAAGAAGGGCCCCGGACGAACGUGACGCUGAGGCGGCGUAGGUGUGGGGAGCAGGUUGUGUAGCACUUCGGGCGCGCUCGCUUCAUCUUUCUGUGGUGAAUGGCGACGGAAUGGAGCGCGAGGGGAGCGGAGGCAGCGAGGGGUCGGCCGGACUCCUGCAGCAGAUCCUCAGCCUGAAGCUUGUGCCACGAGUGGGCAACGGGACCCUGUGCCCCAACUCUACUUCUCUCUGCUCCUUCCCAGAGAUGUGGUAUGGCGUGUUCCUGUGGGCACUGGUGUCCUCUCUGUUCUUUCACGUCCCUGCUGGAUUACUGGCCCUCUUCACCCUCAGACAUCACAAAUAUGGUAGGUUCAUGUCUGUAAGCAUCCUGUUGAUGGGCAUCGUGGGACCAAUUACUGCUGGAAUCUUGACAAGUGCUGCAAUUGCCGGAGUUUACCGAGCGGCGGGGAAGCAGAUGAUACCCUUCGAAGCCCUCACUCUGGGCACGGGACAGACCUUCUGUGUAGUAUUGGUCUCCUUCUUGCGGAUUUUAGCAACUUUGUAGCAUACACUGCUAUGCUGUGAAAUGGAACCUAAGUUUUAUAGAAUCCUCAGAAAGAAGAUGUUACAGAAUGUAGUGUUUUCUUAGCUCUCCGAGGGAAGCUGCUGGAUGAAGAAUAUGACAGUCAGCCCCUUCUGCAGUUUGAAGCUGCAGUUGUCGAAGAGCUUGCAGACUCCUGUCAUUCUCAAACCAAAACAAGUUUCUGUGGCUUUCUUUUCUGCAGAGCUUCCAUUUCAGAAGUUUCCUGUACCCUUAACCACGCCAAGCCAGUGCCUCUGCUGGCCCCGUUGCACUGGGAUUUGCCAUAUUUUGUGAGAAAAUGUAAUAUCUCAUAUUUCAGAAACUAUAGAAAAUAUUGGUUUAUUUCACGUGAGCAAAGUAUACUGUACUAAAACUUUAGUUAAUCUCAUCUUGAUUAAAAUUUGGCAAACUCUUCUUUUGCUACAUUGAAGUACAACAAGUAGGAAAAAUAGGUAGGUAUUGGUUGAGUGUAGCUUUGAGAACAGAUUUGGUGAAAUAGAGCAGGAGAAGGAAGUGAAAUAUAAUUAGGCCACUGUUAAAAAGCAGGUAACUACUGAGAACAGGACAUUUUACAGAAAACUGUCUUUACCUCUGAUUAUUCAACAGAUUUUAAGAUACAUGAAUUUAUUGUUGUGUACGUUUGAUCGAAAUAAGCUAGCUGAGUUGGUUUUUUCCCCCUUUUUUUCUUUUUAAGGGACAGGGUCUUAUGUUGCAAGUGUGGUCCCAAUUCUGGCUCAAGUGAUCCUUCUGCCUCAGUCUCUUAAGUAGCACACACCAUCACACAUGGUUAAAUUUUAAGAUUUAUUUAUAAAGAAUAUCCAUGCCAGGUUGGGGAUGUAGCUCAGUGGUAAACACUUGCUUGGCAUGCUUGAGGCCCUCGGCUGGCUCAAUCCCCAGCACCACAAAAAUAAAAGAAUUCCCAUGCCACCUUUUACUGUAUUUUUAAUUCUAUUUAUUUAGGGUUAGAAACAUACAUACCAUCAUUCAGGAGUUUGAUGUGGAAUUUUUAAGCUAUAUUGCUUAGGAUACUCCCUGAAUAUUGAGCACAGAUAAGACACUUCAAACAUUCUGUUAAUAGUUUUUCUUAGUAACUGUUUUUUAGGUAGCGCCUGAGAAGUUGCCGAGGUGCGGCUGAGUGGGAGGACCGACUGCCGCCUUGGGAGCGCGCUUGCUGGGGGCAGCUCUUCAGCUCCUGCAGGACUUCAGGCUCAGCCACAGAAAGUGCCUGACACUUCAUGUUCAGCCAUAGCCCCACGCUGCCCUUUACAUUUUUAUUCAAGAGAAUUUAUAUCAUUAAAGGGAGUUAAAUGCCAGUGGCUUUUUAAAAACUCACUUCCUAUCUAUUUUACUUUUUAUCCUACUGCCUAACUUUCUUAUGUGUUGGAAGGCCUGAAAACUGUGACCUUCAAAGCAGAAAGGAUUGGAAAAAUGAAGGAAUUUGAUCUUUGCCACCUAAGCUUUUUCAUGUAGACUACAAUCAAUGUUGUUGUUGCUAUCUGUUAAUUAACUCUAGUAAUUAGCUUCUGGUGAUUAAUAUUUUUAAAGACAAGUUUUUUUUUAUGAGAUUAAGGUUAACCUUUAAGGUUACAUGGAGAUGAAUUAUUCCAUUUGUACAAUAUACACUCUGGCUUCUGAUUAAAAGUAGCCAGAACCAAUUUGCCAGAGAAGGUUACAAAGAAAAUUGUGGAGAAAUAAAUUAUAGAGAAAAAUUACAAAGAGAUCAGCAAAAUUAAUUGGACAUUUCCUCCUGAUAGCUCCCCACUCAGCAUAAUGACACUGACAUUAGACCUGGUAGAAAGUUAAGGUGCAGCCCAGUGUCCUUUAUUUAAGAAAUGUAGUAUUAUAGCCUUUAUUAUGGGAAUGAUUUUGAUCAUCUCUUUAUUAGCAUUCUCCUCACCUAAAACAUUAUUUUAGAUAUAAUCUCACAAUUCAAACAUGGUGCCUGUAGUUGGUGGGCCCCUCUCCCACUGAAAUUUUUUGACUAUAUUGAUCCAUGAUGCAAAUGUAAGGUUAUUUUUAUUUUGAGUCCAGAGACAGAAAUUUAUGAAUUUUGGAAGGUAAGAAAAAGCCGGCUGUGGUGGUGCACACCUGUAAUCCCAGUACUGGUGAGGCUGAGGCAGGAGGAUCAUUGUGAGACCAGCCUGGGCUACAAAGCAAGUUCAAGGCCAGCCCAAACUGCAUAGCAAGAUCCUGCCUCAAAAAAAUAAAACAAAAAACAAAGAGGGUAAGAAAUCGUAUGCAUUUUGUUUGCAUCUGUUUGAUGUUUGAUAUGUUUUAUUAACUCUUUAAAAUGUACCGUGGAGUUACUGAACUGAGUGUUUCAUCCAUCCCACUCUGUGAAGCGUUCUUGUGUGAAUAAAUGUGCAUAGACUCUGCGCUGAGCUGUGUAGCUUGAAAUGUUUUCAAGGAGAAAGUGGCAGUGAUGACUGGAGGAUGUGUCCCGCUUUGCUUUUCUCUCUUCUGCACACCCCCCCCCCUUGUUUCUUUCUUGUCUCAGAUGCCGGUUGGUCAGAUGGGAGAAUAAUGGCGUUUGUGUUUAGUAUUUUAUCUUACAUGGUUUUUUUUGAGAUUUUUGCCAGCUUUUUUAAGAGAGGCAGCGCCCACUCCUGCCUCUGCUUCCACUGGCCCUUGUUCCUUUCACUUUCACUUUCUCUCCCUGCCUCUCUUCCUUCUAGGAGAGAGGGGAGGCAGCCUUCAACCAUAAAAGCCGAUUUCUUGCUUCUCUGGUAGGAUUUGGGAGUAAAAGCAUUUUGUGAAAAGCUUUAUUUCUCAUACAAAAGCACAGUGAAUAGCACAUGAGAAAGAUGUCUCUCUGUGCUGUUGUUUUUUUGCAGCAAAAAACACGAACUGUUUAAAGCAGUGAGGAAAUAGUUCGUGCAAAUCCUCCUUACGUCUGUUCAGUUUUAAAAUUUCCUCCGUGGCCGCCUUGACUACCCUCCUUCGAGUUACAUUCCGGGUCCCUGGAGCCGCCUCCGGAGUGUGAAGCCCUGGUGCGCUCAGCCGUCCACACGCAGAAAGUCCUGCCAGGAACUUGCAUUUCUUUUUUGUGCACUUUGUAAGGCUGGUGGUGACCAAAAUCAGCUUUUUUGUGUUAGGUUAUUUCACUAACUGCUACAGUCAAAAUGAUCAAAUCUUUGUACAAUAGAAAAGUAUUUAAAUUUUAUUUUUCUACUGACAUUUCUAAUUCUAGUGUAAAUGUUUAACAAUAAAGAAUUACUUUAAACUCUG